AUGGGCUGCAGCAGAGGUAGCUGCGAGAUGAGUCUCCUUCGCUGUGCCGUCAUCCUUGCCACAGUCGCGUUUGGCGCCAGCCAGGGCACCGUGAACUCGGAGUGCCAGGACGAGCACUGCGCUGUAUCGCACUUGCAGCUUCAGACAGCAUUGGUUGGCUAUCCGAAGCUGGAAUCGUUUUUCGUCUUGGCUCCGGGUGAGCUACAACACUGCAGCCAACCUCUCCCUGUGGAGGAUUUUUCCAAGCCCAUCACUGAAGUUCUCUACGAGCACCCAGGGGAGGAUGCCUGGUGCCUCAUGCCCGAGCUGGAGGCCCCCGGCUUCCGCAUGGCCUGCGCCAUGGCGCGGAAGCACAAGCACAUGCGCAGCUUCGCAGCGUUCGACUACCAGAGAAUUUCAUGGGAAGGAAGAACCGAGCCAGUCGGGGAGGGUGAGGGCUUCAGCCUGGACACGCAAAAGGAGGUUGUCCUCCCUGGCGGCUCCUCAUUGAUGGUGCGAGACUAUAUUGACAUUUGGUGCGUAGUCAACGGGUAUUACAACGUUUCGCGUGCGCCAGCCUUGGACGACUACGAGUACUUGACUCACGUGUCUGCGAACUUGUGCUUCUUGUCAAAGCAGAGAGUGCCUGACUACAACAGCCUGUGUCUCAACGAUUUGCUCCUCCAUUAUCUACCGCACGUCAACUACAUCAACAAGAAGCUGAUGAGCGAGAAGCCAGUGGUGCACUUGAACCAGACAGAUGUAGACUUGAUGUAUCGUUGGGCCGGAGUACAAUGCCGUAUGGACAACGACCAUGGAGGCAACUGCGAUGUGGGUUAUUGUGCCUAUCGGGGAUGCCUCGAUGCAGAUGGCAUGACCAUAAAGCAUACCGACAAAGGAGAAUGCCCUCCAGUCUGA